CUAAAAUGUCAAUCUAUUCAGGGUUUGCAACAAGGCAACAAGAAGGAUUUUAUAAUAAAAUCACUUUGAGAGUGAUGGAGAUGAUCUCCGAUAGGCUCAUCGCCUUUGUGAGAGCUGAUCCCUUCGAUGAGGAGUCAUGGUACUCCCACCUCCGCAAGAUUUAUAAAUAUAUGGAAGUCAUGGAAAGACAGAAGUACCUUGAUCCUAAGUUUUCUCAUGGUAUAAAGAAGUUGAUCAAGGUUUAUAAAUAACCACUUAAACAUUACAGAUAACUCUACUAUAACAAGCCGUAGCUUUUACUUAAACAAUAAUAUUAAAGACUACGCUCAUGUGAACAUGGAAUCUUUACAAGAAAAGUCUAUUAAAGAAGGCUCUGAGGAAAGAGACCCUAGCCAAGAAAAUCAUAUUUCAACUUCAGGAAAUUCUUCAAAAAUCCAUGGUGAAAAGAACUCGGAUUUAAAACUUAAUAACGAAAUUCUUGUUCGGAACAACUAUAGUAAAAGUGCUCAAAGCAAUCCAAAGAGGAUCCUGAAACAGCCUAUUAACACUAAUUCUUUCGUAAAAGCAGACCUAAACGUUACUAAGAAGGAGAUUAUAAUAGACCAUGAGAAGACAUCUGUCAAUUAUAAGCUGCCAGGAAAUACUCCUGAGAUGAACAUUCAGAAUCAUAGCAAGCAGACUCACAAUACUAGUUAUAUAAAUAGCAGAUUUCAUGAAGACUUAGUCCAGCCGAAUACUGCUCUUCCAGCUCAGAUAAUACAAAGGAAGGGAAGAAGGAUCCGGAAAAUAAAAUUACAGAAGAAUUGAGACAUCUACGGUCAGGGUAAAACAUGCAAGAAUAGGAGCAAUAUUCGUUCAGUUCCAAGACAUUUUAGUCGUAAAUAGAGGAGGUAGAAUCAAGCUAAACCAAAGUAUGGCAGAUGCUAAUUUGAAUAAUUAUACUGACACAGGAGCUGUCCUGGCUGCUUCUUGCAAAAGAAAGAAUAAAUAUGAAAGAAUUCAGAAAUCUAGUAAAACUUCGAAGUUCAAAAUUCAAUUAAUGCCUCAUUCAAAGAGGUCAAAUUCUGUAAAUUCUCAUCGGCCAAAGAGGAGGUCUUCUUCUAGGAGAAGGAGCAUGACAAGAUUCUUAGUCCGUAAGAAAUUUAACAAAAGCGGAUCCCACAUCAGGGGAAAUAGGUAUAUUAAGAAUAUAUUGCCAACAGUCAGAGCUGGUGAUGACAGAGGCAUGAUUGCUCAGCAAUUUGGAUCAUAUAACAAAUCAUAGAGUGGCCCACACGAUAAAAAUUUUCAAGCAUGCUG